AUGGAAGCGCUCGCAGCCAUCGCUUUCGCCGGAAAUAUCGCUCAGUUCGUCGAGUAUUCAAUUAAGGCCAUUCUAAAAACGUCCCGACUACUCGAGAGUGCGAACGGCGCAUGGGUAGAAAACACCGAGUUGGAGGGCAUCGUGGACAGCGUUAAGAAAUCUCUGCAGGGUGUUCACGAGUCGAGAGAUACCAGCAACAAUGGCGCCGUGCUUGACCCCAUUCUGGAGAAUCUCACAGCAAGCUGCCUUGCUGUGUCCGGUGAGAUCAUGGCCAUUCUAGAUCGUCUCAAGCUCGGGGAUCCGGGUGCCGGGUUCUUUCAAGGCAUGCAGAAAACGGCGAAGAGUCUCGUGAAGAGUGAGCAGCAGGAAGAUCACGCUCGGAAUUUCCAACGCUUCACCUCGUCGAGCGACGAGUUUCACGAGUCGAUGCUCAACAAGCUUCACGAAAUCACGGACUAUCUUAGCUCGAUUUCAGAACAGAAAGCCACCGAGGAGGUACCUGCCCGACCGUCUAGGCGUCGUGGUUUGCGGCCGUUGGCGCAGAAAACCCCCAAACCCGCCAAGUCGCAGCAGACGCUCUGGAACGCUAAACCGGACGAGGUCCAACGUUUGCUUCGACCAGAAAUUAUGCUUUCGGUCGACAAAUACGUCUCUCUAAUGGUGGAAGAACUGGAGGAGCAAAAGCGAAAAACCAUCUUGGAUACGCUGCACUUCAGUCAAGUAAAAGAGAGGGAGUUUGCUAUCCCCGAUGCCCAUAAGAACACAUUUCAGUGGAUUUUCAACGAGGAUAGGAAUAAUUUUGUUGCGUGGCUUCGACAGAGCGACGAUAUCUACUGGAUCACCGGAAAAGCCGGAUCUGGAAAAUCUACACUCAUGAGGUUCCUCACGGACCAUCGAGAUACGAGGCUCUAUCUGAAAGAAUGGGCUGGUGAGAAAAGCCUUCUAGUGGCGAAGCACUACUUUUGGAGCCCUGGCACUGCUAUUCAAAGGUCUCAAGAGGGUCUGUUUCGAACCCUUCUCUUGCAGAUCCUCAACCAAAGACCCGAUCUCAUUCCCAUCGUGUGUGCCGAUCGGUGGGAAGCGCCGUUUGCGGACGCCUUUAAUCCCUGGAGUCGGGGGCAGUUGAUGGCAGCGUUUGCUAAGCUGGGUAGUCUGGAGACGCUGGACUGCAGGAUCUGCCUUUUCAUCGACGGCCUAGAUGAAUAUGACGGUGAUCAUACGCAACUGGUGAGCAUAAUCCGACAAGUUGGGAGUUCGGACAACAUUAAAGUCUGCGCAUCAAGUCGGCCAUGGCUAGAGUUCUUGGAUGCAUUUCAACAUAGCAAGUGGAGCCUACGUCUAGAGGACCUUACCUACGACGAUGUCUGCAAGUACGUCCGCGACAAGCUGAACGACGACGUACGCUUCAGCAGGCUGAAGCAGGACAGGAAGGCCGCAGCCGAGGGGCUGGGAUUGGAGAUCACCAAACGCGCCAAUGGAGUCUUCCUCUGGGUCUUCUUAGUCGUCCGCUCCCUCUUACGAGGUCUGCGCAACGAGGACGACAUCUCGGAUCUUCAACGACGAUUGAGGGAGCUGCCGAACGACCUGCGUGAGUACUUUGACCGCAUGCUCGACACCAUCGACAGCGUCUACAAGGAGAGGACGGCCCGGCUCUUUAUCACCAUGGCCUACGCCAGGACCACGUUUCCCGUCAUAACAUUCUACUUCAUGGAUCUCGGCGAUGGCACUGCCCGAGGCGAGUUCCUACGUAACUGGCCGGACGUGGAUAUCGAUGAGACCGAAGUUCUGGGGACCAAGAGACGCCAGCUGAUCGCGCAGUGCAAGGACCUGAUCUCCAUCACACCCGAUCCUGGUGCUGGGAUUCUAUUUUCCGAGCGCGUCGGCUUCUUACAUAGAACCGUCGUCGACUACAUACACACACCGGAAAUACAGUCGAGGCUAAUACCAAUCGCCGGUACCGAUUUCAGUGUCAACAAGAUCCUACUAGAGACCAAUUUAGGCCAGCUGAGGGCUCUGAUUCAUCUGCACGCUCGGACAUACAUCUAUCCACAUCUCUGCCAGUGGAUUCUCGGCUGCCUAUACUAUGCUCACAUCCUCGAAGUGAUAUCUGGGAAUCCCGAAACAGACGCUCUUGACGAACUGGAAACUAUUAUUACAGGCGCGUUCGUGAAGUGGGGCUUCUCCCACGCCAUGGUCACUUUCUUCAAAAAGCCUGGUAUCAUGUCUUUCCUCCAAUUGGCCUGCCAGUGUGAUCUCGCAUCGUAUGUUUGCAAGAAGUACCCGCAGUUAACGCCAAGUCGUUUAGAUACCCUCGCACCUGGAUGGAGGAUUCUAUUGGAGAUCCAGCGGCAAUCUACUUUCAAGUUGUGUGAACGAGAGAUGACUGAGGAUCUUUAUAGUGACUGGAGGUUAGGUCGCCAGCUUAAAGUUCCAUUCCUAUCGCAGCAGGAGGCACAGUCUCUGGAGGAGAAAGUCCAGGCUCCAAUACAGGGGCAAAACGGCGCCCCAGUGAAGUCCAGAAAGGUGUCCUGGCGAGCAUUACUUAAAAGUUUGAAAUAUAAAUAA